AUGAGACCGUUAAAAUCGACCGAUGUGGAUAAAAAUAUCGAAAAGCGACGGUUGGUGGACGAAUUGCGCGCACCAGCGAGAAGAAAUUUUCCCCGCAGACACGUCAUAGUGCGAGGGUACGAUGAUCUGUGGCAAGCUGAUAUUGUCGAGAUGCGCCAGUACUCGCGUUUCAACGGAGGGUACCACUACAUACUCACCGUCAUCGAUGUGUUGAGCAAGUACGUGUGGACCGUGCCGCUCAAGGGUAAAGGCGGCAGCAAGACAGCUGAUGCUAUCGCUGAGAUAAUUCGAGAUAGCGGGAGGUGCCCUAGUAAUCUACAAACCGACAUGGGGAAGGAAUUUUACAACACCGACGUGCAACGUCUCGUGAGAAAACACGACAUCAAUCAUUAUUCCACGUAUUCGUGGGUCGACGCCUUGCCGCGACUCGUGUCGGAUUACAACGCGCGCAAGCAUCGAACGAUCGGCAUGCGACCCGUCGACGUUACUCCCGCGAUCGCCGAAAGACUCUUGGUUACGGUGUUCAGCGCGAUAAAGAUCGCGGGUCCGGCAAAGUUUAAAACGGGCGACUCGGUACGCGUCAGCAAAUACAAGACAAUUUUCGAGAAGGAUUGGACCAUCGAGGUGUUUAAGAUCGUUAAAGUGCAGCAUACCAAUCCCGUAACCUAA